GGUACGGCAUAUUGCGUUUGCGCCGCUGCUGAGCAUUUUCCAAGGAACCGAAGACUGAAGACUCAGGACUGACAGUGGCGACCAGUCAGCAGUGGGCACUGGGCAGUGAGGACUAGUGCCUUGUUGAUACUAUAUUAAUAAUUUUGCUGGCACAAUACGCGAACAAGCACGGUUGGCUGAUUAGGGCUACCUCGAAGUGUAUAUAAAGGACUGCAAAAACGCGUAUAAUGCCUUGAGAAAAAACGGAAAAAAAUAUUGUUUACGUGAAUCAACGUCCAAAAAUGAACAACUGAAGAGAACGAAGAGCAAAAAAAAAAUUUUUAUCCAGGAUCCUCAUCCUUGUCGUAGUCACCAAAGUCGUUUCUGUCAUCGGAGGCUUCGAAGGCCACAGCCUUACGUGGACUCUAUUUAUAUAUCCUGGUGCAGUAUCCCGGCUUUAGUUGGCGUCCGAUCGGCCUUUCACAAGUUUACAGUCACUGAUCAAAGUAGAACUCGAGUGCGCAGGUGACAAGUAACAAAAUAUUACCAGGUAAAGCUUACCGAGUCGCUCGUCUGAGCGUUUACAUGAAGGAGCAGGACAUCCCGGAAUACCUCGAGGGCUGCGGAUUGUCCGCUACAGCCUCCGACAAUAUGCCUGAGGCAUGUGAUCUUCUUAAAGAAGCUUCUGCCCCAACUAACCAGGUCAAAGAACAGCCCAAGGAAAAAAAGCUAUCUACAACCUCUAUAUCCAGCAGUGAUACCAAAAAAACUGUAACUGUAAAACAUCCCGAAUCAAACAAACCCAAGCCAACAACAAAAAAAGGUAAACCCAUACAAGCGGAUUUAGAUGUAUCCAAAGAAUUUGUAAGAUGCAGAGAUGAAGGUUUAAAGAGGCUUGACCUAAGCAAAUCAAGUAUAACAAGUCUUCCAAGCAGUGUUAAGGAUCUCACACAUCUGAUUGAAUUUUACCUCUAUGGUAAUAAACUAGUAACUCUUCCUCUUGAGAUAGGAUGUUUAAGAAAUUUGAAAACUCUUGCUCUAAGUGAAAAUUCAUUGACAAGUUUACCAGACUCACUGGAAAAUCUAAAACAGCUCAAGGUUUUAGAUCUGAGGCACAAUAAGCUGAAUGAGAUACCCGAAGUUGUCUAUAAAUUAACCUCAUUGACAACAUUAUUUUUACGAUUUAAUAGAGUUAAAUAUGUUAGCGAUAACAUACGCAAUUUAACAAAUCUUACAAUGCUUAGUUUGAGAGAAAAUAAAAUUAAAGAGCUUCCUGCUGGUAUUGGCAAACUUACUAAUCUUGUCACAUUUGAUGUUUCGCAUAAUCACUUGGAACAUUUACCAGAAGAAAUUGGUAACUGCAUCCAGUUAUCUACUCUUGAUUUACAGCACAAUGAGCUUUUGGAUAUACCUGAAACAAUUGGUAAUCUUGUGUCUGUAACUAGAUUAGGUUUGAGGUACAAUCGUCUGUCAUCUAUCCCAAAAUCACUGGCUAAUUGUAAAUUAAUGGAUGAAUUUAGUGUUGAGGGUAACCAAGUUUCCCAACUACCAGAUGGACUGCUUUCAAGUUUAUCAAACUUAAAAACAAUAACAUUGUCCAGAAAUUCAUUUAUGGCUUAUCCAUCUGGAGGACCUUCACAAUUCACAAAUGUUUAUUCAAUCAAUCUUGAACAUAAUAAAAUUGACAAGAUACCUUAUGGUAUCUUUUCAAGAGCCAAGAAUUUGACAAAGUUGAAUAUGAAGGAAAAUCAAUUAACUGCCUUGCCACUUGAUAUUGGAACAUGGACUAGUAUGGUAGAAUUAAACUUAGGCACAAACCAACUCGUUAAACUUCCUGAUGAUAUACAGUACUUGCAGAAUCUUGAAAUAUUAAUACUUUCUAAUAAUAUGUUGAAGCGCAUCCCUGCCAGUAUAGCUAAUUUGAGUAAACUCAGAGUGCUUGAUUUAGAAGAAAAUAAGAUAGAAUCUCUACCAAAUGAAAUUGGAUUUCUCAGAGAUUUGCAAAAACUGAUUUUACAGUCAAAUCAAAUCACUUCUUUACCACGUGCUAUAGGCCACUUAACAAACCUUACACAUUUAAGUGUAGGUGAAAAUAGUUUAAGUUAUCUUCCUGAAGAAAUUGGUACUCUUGAGAAUCUCACUUCUCUAUAUGUUAAUGAUAAUCCAAGUCUUCAUAAUUUACCCUUUGAAUUAGCACUCUGUACUAAUCUUAACAUUAUGUCAAUUGAAAAUUGUCCUUUAUCACAAAUACCACCUGAAAUUGUUGCUGGUGGGCCUUCACUCGUUAUUCAAUUUCUCAAAAUGCAAGGUCCGUACAGAUCAAUGUAACAAAAUUCUAUAAAUGAGACAGAAACUCCAAACAAAAAAAGUCUCUGACGCUGUAUUAGCAUGUAAAAUUUCUAGUCCGAAUAUUUUCACAUUUUUUAUUAAUAAUUGCGAUCAAAUUUUUGAUUUUUUAAAAUAGGAAUAUAAAAAUAUAUAUGGUUCUGUAUAUAUAUGAACCAUUGCCCUUUUUAUCUGAUGACAUGAUAUUAUUCAUUACAAUGACAUUAAAUAUAUUUACAAUUUCAUCUUCUACUGGUAAGACGAAUUUAAUUUAUGUUAUCUACAUUGAAAACCGGUACGUUAAUGGUAUUUUUUACAAAUAAAAUUUUUAUUUUAGCUAAAGUCUUGAAUUAUGUGCACCAUUAAAACGAGUAAACAUGGUAUUAGUAGUGCAGACAUGUGGACAAUUGUGCACGUUUUUAUUGUACACAUAAAUUAUUGUGCACAAUAAUAUGGCGCAAAUCAGAGUUCAUCUAGCGCAUAUUACGCUAUGUUACUGUGCAUAAUAAUUUGUGCGUAUAACAAAACCGUACACAAUUGUCCGCACACCGUAGUACAGUCAUGAGUUCUAUAAUUCAUUUUUAUCGAGUUCGUACAAUACUCUUUAAUAAUGCCAUGAACGGCUUAAGUGCCAGAAAUUUAUUACUGUGCAUAUACAAUAAUAUUAUUUCUGCAAUUACUUAAUUCGAAAUAAGAUUAUCUAAAAUUAUGAUUAAUUUCCUGUCAAAGAUACUCAAUUUUAUUUAAAUUUUGCAUUUAUGUACGUGAUGAUUUUCAUUUACUUAUUGAAAUUGAUUGUUCACCAUUAACACUCAUGUAGAAUAUAAUUAAUUAAAUUGCUCUGUAAUUUAUCAUUCAAAUUAUCUAGCAAUUUAUUUAUUAAAUUUUUUUUAAUUAAGCACAAGUUAGAUUGUGCCAAAUCUAUG